AAGUAUAUAAUAAUAGGAGUAUCACUCGGUAGCGGUAUUGUCAUAUUAUCCAUGAUCAUCUUCUUCUACACCACAAAACAACGUAAAAUGCAAAAGCUCGACCAAGAAAGCAAUCAAAACGUCGACAAGUUCCUACUCACACAUGGUUCCCUCGCUCCAAAAAGAUACAGCUAUAAACAAAUCAAGAAAAUAACGAAAUCAUUUACAGACAAGCUAGGCCAAGGUGGAUUUGGCACUGUAUACAAAGGCAAACUACCUGAAAAUGGUCAACUUGUCGCAGUAAAGAUCCUAACCAAGACAAGUGAUGACAUCACAGAAGAUUUCAUCAACGAAGUCGCCAGUAUAAGCAGAACCUCCCAUGUCAACAUUGUCAAUCUUUUGGGAUUUUGCUACGAUGGAAAAAACAGAGCUUUGGUGUACGAAUUUAUGCAUAACAAAUCUCUAGACAAGUUUAUUCACAAAAAUGGAUCGGUCGAUCCUGACCGUUCAUUGGGUUGGGAGAAGAUGUACGAAAUUGCGGUAGGUGUUGCUCGAGGGCUCGAGUACCUGCACAGGGGUUGCAAUACGAGGAUUGUUCAUUUCGACAUCAAGCCUCAGAAUAUUCUCCUCGACGAAGAAUUCUGUCCGAAAAUAUCCGAUUUCGGGCUCGCUAAAUUGUUCAAGAAGAAGCAGAGUGUAUUGGAAUCCAUGCUUGGGGCAAGAGGGACUAUUGGAUACAUUGCUCCUGAAGUGUUCUCGAGAAAUUUCGGACCGGUUUCUCAUAAAUCCGAUGUCUAUAGCUAUGGAAUGAUGAUUCUUGAAAUGGGUGGAGAGGGAAAAUUCGAUGAAGUCGAGGAAGUAAAAUCGAGUGACGACUAUUUUCAUGACAAGAUUUACGAGCGUGUGAUAAUCAAGAACGAGGGAUUGGAUGAUAUUGUGAGGAAGGACGAGGAAGAAGAAAUUAGCGCGAGAAAAAUGUUGUUGGUUGGGAUUUGGUGCGUUCAGACAGCUCCGUCAGAUAGGCCGUCUAUGACUAAGGUUGUGGAGAUGUUAGAAGGAAGUCUUCAAUCUAUACCUAUUCCCCCAAAGCCAUUCUUUUCUUCUCCUAAGUUAACUAAAUCGCAAGUUUCCUCUUCGUUUUCUAUAGAUGUAGUAGAGAUGGAAAAUUCUGUUGUAGUUUAGCCAAAGGGCUGAGAAUUUGUUCAAGGGAUAAUCGGAAUUAGAAUUAUUGUUUGCAUUAAUUGUAUUGGAAAUGUGUAUGUAAAUAUGAACAUACCUUUCGCAUGUGUUGAAUAUGUUUUCGAUGCCGUAUCA